AUGCAAUAUCACAAAUUCAAGAGCGAAACAUCUGUGUUUUUUGCGCUGGAUUCAUCGUGUCAGAGUCGUGAAUGGGAAAGCAGGCGUCCACUACGCGUCAUCGCAACGGUCCUAGAGUGUUGCACAAAAAUUCCCGUUCACCAGCUCUCCUAUCGACCCGUUGACAGAGGAUCAUCUGUAACCCCUCAGGACUCCUCCCCACCGACACCAUCACCAGUGUCUCCAUCUCUAACUCUUCCCGUUCUCCACUUUUGGCGUUGA